UUUGACGUAGAGAUCCGACUCAGAAAAGGCAAUGAACAAUAUGAGAAAGAACAAACAACUUUGAAUGUGCCCCGUGAUAUGAAAAUGGAAAUAUUAGACAAAUUAGCCGAGCUAAUGUAUUCUUUCAAAGCUUACCCCACUGACAAAGAGUUUGAAGGUGUUGCAAGGGAACUUGUUUCCAAGCACCCUUGUUUGUCUGAGCCUGGACCUGAGAAGGGGUGGCAGGCAUGGAAAAUGAGCCUAAAGCACAAGAUGGGCAACUAUCGUCAAAAAUUGCGCAGCGCUGGUUGCUUUGAAGUCACGGUAAACCAAAAGAAAAAGAAAGGUGUUAAAAAACCAAAGCAUGCGGAGAUAAACUUCCUGCCUGACCAUCCACCAGGUAUCAAUGAAGAAGUACUGGAAUGUGAAAGGAGAGCCAUGGUAGAUGAACUUAAGAAGAAAAAUUUCAACAUGACCCUUCUAAAUGAAAAAAUGGACAUUACAUUCUCCAUGAGACGACAAGAAAUUGUUCAAGAACAACCUUUAGUGUCACUUGUAAAAGAGAAAUGGCCAGGCCUCUUCUUACAGCAUCAGGUGUAUGGAGAAUUCAAACGAAUAACGGGAAUCGACCUGUAUAAAACCUUCCUGUUUGCUUUGGAAACGUAUGCAAAUGGGCUUAUUCGCUUGUUCAGAACAAAAGGAGGUGAUGAAAUCGGGACCCUUUUGGAAAGACUUGAUCAGCAGACUACAGACAUAACUGAACACCGUAGAUCAGUUGCAUUGAAAGGCCUUCCACAUUACCUGAGAGAGCACACACCACUAUUGAAGACUUGUUUGGUAACUAAGUCAAAGGAAUUGGACACUCAAGGUGUGAAAAUCAUGAUGAUUGAAAUGGUCAGAGAUGAAAAAGAUUCCAGGACACUAGACAGCAUGGCAGUUGUGAUUGAGGACACUGUUGUGGUUGAAGGACUGCCUGAUUAUCCCACUGCUUUUUGUGUACUGUUUGGGUUGAUUUAUGCCUUAAAUAUGGAGUAUCCCAAAGAAUGGAAGUACACAUUUGAGACCAUUCAGAAGGUCUUUCUUAAUCUUGGAGAGCAAUGUUCGGCUCGCACCCUGUCUUUAAAAAAUAAGUUGUUGCAAGUUCUAAAGCUUUAACCUGGUGUAUCAAUUAUGUUGAUAUUCGUUUUGCAAGAUUAGUAAUUAUAUAUAAGUAAAAUCUGUUGAUUGAGGGUAAAUGAUGUGCAAACCUUUAUUAGUUUUGUCUUUUUUGCAGUUUGUAAAUAUUUAAUGUUUUUGAAUAUCUUUAUUUAAUUUGAGAUGUUUAAAAUCUUUGACGUUUUAUUUGUUUAGAUCUUGAAAGAAUGGAGUAAAACAUCUCUUCUCAGGUACAAAAAUAUUGUCUUAGUGUCUGUUAUAUGGAAAAUGUUUUGUUUUAUUGUGUUUAAAUUGUUUUAACAUGAAACGAAAAAUGCUUAUUAGGUGUCUCUGUUAAACAGAUGAUUUAAUUUGCUCUUGUUGAACAUCAAUACUAGUGGUUUACUUAACACUAAUGUUUUUCACAAAUUUUAACAGAUAUGUUUUUCAUUGGUGUCUGUUGAGAGAAAAUAAUAAACAGUUUUGCUAAA